AUGGCCACAGUAUUCGCGAUAGGCUCAAAUGGAUCCGGCCAGUUGGGCAUAGGGCAUAAAGAGGACGUAUCCGUGCCGAAGCCUGCCAUUUUCUACAGCGAGAGUCUACCAAGCUCGGUCAAAGCUGUUGCAGCAGGCGGGAAUCACACAUUGCUGCUUUCGGGCUCCGGGCAACUAUACUGGACCGGAGACGCAACGACUGGAGCCUGUGGCUCCAUAUCACCAGACUCUGUCCCGGCCGACCCAGUCUUUUCGAAAUUUCAACUUGAUGGUGACCGGCCUGUAACCAGAGUGGCGGCGACAUGGCAGGCGUCCGUGUUCACGAGGCUAGAUAGCCAGGGGAUGAAUACCGAAGUCUACAGCUGCGGCAUCGGUGACAAGGGAGAGCUCGGUCAAGGUCAACUCAUUGUACGGCUACCUAAAGCUACCCGUAUUGAGAAUUUCCCGCCUCAAGACACACAAGUUGUCGAUCUCUCCGGCUGUAUGAGCCACAUUGUUGCAGUCCUGGACAAUGGAGAAGUAUUUGGCUGGGGCAACGGCCGGAAAGGUCAGCUCGGAGAACCAGCAGGAAUUAUCAACUCUCCACGCAAGUUCGCGGGUGUUCCUUUCAAGGUACAACGGGCUGUGUGUGGCAAGGACUUCACAUGCCUUGUCGGAGAUCCCACAUCAGGGGAGCUGCUCGUGCUAGGAUCUGACAAAUGGGACAUCAAAGCCAAAGCACCCUCGUCGGUACCCGGUUGGAAAGAUGUUGGCGCAAGUUGGGGCAAUAUCUUUGUGCUCCAAGCUGACGGCAACAUUUUGAGUUGGGGCCGAAAUGACCAUGGCCAGCUCGCGCCGACUGAUCUGGCACCUGUGGAAGCCAUGGCUGUCGGAAGCGAGCAUGUCGUAGCUCUCAGUUCAAGCCAGGAUGUGUUGGCAUGGGGUUGGGGAGAGCAUGGCAAUUGCGGGCCGCUGCCCAACUCAGAGAUUGCAACUAAGACAGCGAAUGUGAUUGCCUCGUCAAAGUUCCUGCCUGCGGGCGCCAAAAUUGCAACAAUCGGCGCUGGAUGCGCUACCAGCUGGGUUGUAAUUGAAGGCAUCAGCCAGGCUCACUCCUGA